AAGAGCACACUGAGCACAGGAACAGGACUAGUGCCGAGUGUGCACCAUCUAUAGUGAUUUCUAAUUUGUGGUCUGUUGUGUUAAAGGUUCCGUCGGUAGGAUGGUUGAUGAAAGUACGAAAAAAACCCUAUCAAAAAUCCCUCUGCUGAAAACUAAAGCAGGCCCGAGGGACAAAGAUCUCUGGGUUCAAAGGCUAAAGGAAGAAUAUCAAUCGCUAAUUCAGUACGUGCAGAACAACAAGUCUGCCGACAAUGAUUGGUUUCGACUAGAGUCUAAUAAGGAAGGCACUAAGUGGUUUGGAAAGUGCUGGCACGUCCAGGACAUGCUGAAAUACGAGUUUGACGUCGAAUUUGACAUUCCAGUAACGUAUCCCACGACUGCUCCAGAAAUUGCGCUUCCUGAAUUAGAUGGGAAAACAGCAAAAAUGUACCGUGGAGGAAAAAUUUGCCUGACCGAUCAUUUUAAGCCUCUUUGGGCAAGAAAUGUUCCCAAAUUUGGAAUUGCUCAUGCGAUGGCUCUAGGGUUGGGUCCAUGGCUAGCUGUUGAAAUUCCUGAGAUGAUUGAAAAAGGAGUUGUGAAAUACAAUGAAAAAGAGUAAUGGGUCAUAUCUUGGAAAAAAACUACUCUUGUGUUGGUUUAUUUUGAUAUUCUUUUAAUAUUUCUGUUAUAAUAAUAUACCAUUGUGAUAACAAAUUAAAAACCAUGUUAUCUCAAAAUACA